GGCGCUCAUACACUGGUCAGCGGCUCAACUCUACUUCUCUUCUCCUCACCAUGACUUCUGCACUUGCCAACAUCACCAAGGCAGCCCGUGCGGCGUUGCCAUUACAGUCCCGAGUGGCUCUACCGACUAUGACGACCCAGAGGCGCGGCUAUGGCACAGACAAACGCAUUGAAGUGGUAAAUCCUGUUGUAGAGUUGGAUGGCGAUGAGAUGACUCGUAUCAUCUGGGAGAAAAUUAAAGAGUACCUAAUCUUCCCCUACCUUAAGAUUGACUGCAAGUACUAUGACUUGGGCUUGCCGUAUCGUGACCAAACGGAUGAUCAGGUGACUAUCGACUCUGCUCUUGCAAUCCAGAAGUAUAAUGUUGGAAUAAAGUGUGCCACCAUCACUCCAGAUGAACAACGUGUUGAAGAGUUUAAGUUGAAGAAGAUGUGGCUGAGCCCAAAUGGAACCAUCCGUAAUAUUCUUGGUGGUACUGUUUUCCGUGAACCCAUUCUUUGCCACACUAUCCCUCGUUUGGUUCCUGGUUGGACUCAAAGUAUAGUUAUUGGCAGACAUGCCCAUGGUGAUCAGUACAAGGCUACUGAUGUUGUCAUACCUUCUAAUGGAACAGUGGAGUUGGUGUAUACUCCAGAAGGUGGCCAGCCUCAGAGAAUGAAGGUGUUUGACUUCAAGAAUGGAGGUGGUGUUUCCAUGGCCAUGUACAACACCGAUGAAUCAAUUCGUUCUUUUGCACACUCUUCCUUCCAAGUUGCACUGUCAAAGGGCUGGCCACUCUACUUGUCCACAAAGAAUACAAUCCUUAAGCGGUAUGAUGGGCGUUUUAAGGAUAUUUUUGAAGAAAUUUACCAAGCAGAGUACAAGAAACAAUUUGAUGCCAAAGGUAUUUGGUAUGAGCAUCGGCUCAUUGAUGAUAUGGUAGCCCAGGCUCUAAAGUCCUCUGGGGGCUUUGUAUGGUCCUGCAAGAACUACGAUGGUGAUGUCCAGUCGGAUGUGGUUGCUCAAGGCUAUGGUUCACUUGGUCUGAUGACAUCAGUCUUGAUGUGUCCGGAUGGCAAGACAAUAGAAUCGGAGGCUGCCCAUGGUACAGUGACAAGACAUUACAGAGAGCACCAGAAGGGCAACAAAACCUCUACAAACCCUGUAGCCUCAAUCUUUGCCUGGACUCGAGGUCUUGAGCACCGUGCCAAGUUGGAUGGAACUCCAGAGCUGGCCAGGUAUGCUCAGUUAUUGGAGAAGGCCUGUGUUGAUACAAUUAAUGCUGGUCACAUGACAAAGGAUCUUGCUGGUUGCAUUCAUGGUAUAAAGAAUGUAAAGGAUGGAAUGUACUUGUAUACAAACGACUUCCUUGAAGCAAUUCGUGAAGAUCUAGCAAAGAAGAUGUCUGCCUAAGACCAUUUAUCUCUGGAGUAGUGCAGCUGAAGAGGAACUACAAUAAUAUUGAUACUUUAGAUAAAUUUAGACAAUUCAAAGAAUUGUCUGAACAUAGUUAACUACUCGUAAUUCUGUAAAUUGAAUUUGGCUCCGUUUUAAUUUUUGAAUUAUUUAAUAGUAGAGCCACAGUGAUGGUAAAUAUACUUUCUAACCUUUUGGACCUGAUGGGAUGACUGGUAUUCAGUGUGCAUGCUAAGUUUUUAUAUAGAAAAAUGCAAUUUUUAUAUCUAAUAAGGGGUCUCCCCCUUAAACAAUUACCAAAACAUAUUAAUUUCAUGCAAAUUGCUUUCAGAACACACGUCUUUAAAUGCUGUUGUGACAUGGGUCUGAACAUAGUUAAUGUAGGUAUGCUACCAUACAAGGUUUUUCUUUGCAUUGAAAUUGCUGUUAAAAUUUUUAUUUAAAUUGUAUCUAGGAAUUUGGUCCAUUUUUUAAAGUAUAAGCUAUUUAUAUUUUGAACCAAUCAAACUUGCAUUUAGCUGCUGAAGUUUUAAAUAUUUGCCACUUAAUUAAAAGCAUUACCAAGAUUAACUAUGACCCUUCUUUGUGCGUGUCAUAACUUGCCAAGAUAAGUCAUUCCAGUGUAAAUAAAAUACAAACAUU